AUGGAGCAACGGAAAGACAAAUCUGACCACAAUGACAAGCUUCUGGUGCCAGAAACAGAUUCGGAAGACGACAACAUCUCCAUCGACGUCGUGAAUUGGAGCGACAGUGACGACACAAAUGAUUCAAACAUCAAAAAAGACAAAAAGGUUGAGAAAGCCAAGAAAUACAAACAUGCUACAGCUUCUUCUACACCUUCAGAUGCCAAAGAAGCAGCAGAUACAGUAAAAGAAAAGACAGCCAAGAAGCCCAACAAAACACGUGACAGAAUCGACGAGAUGACAGACAUGAUGCGCAACUUCUUGACUCCAUUGUCCCCAAGCUCGUCGCUGACUUCUGUCGACGCUUCGGUCUUCGCAACCGAGUUCAUGAAUAGUGCGAUGACGAAAGAGGGGAACUUCAAUUCGGAUUCUGGAGUCUCGUCAGACAACAGCAGAGCAUCGACGAGGUCCAACAACCCUUUCUGGAUGACGUAUUUUAUGAACGAAAUCAAGCGUCUAGUGCCCGCUCCCCUCGACCCAACUGUUCUCAUGAUGCUGGCCAAUCAGACGUCGUCACAGUAUUCUGGGUAAGAUUUUACUUGUUUAUUUAUGUUACCUUCUGGUUGUAUUUGUGCAAAUACAUAUGUGUAGACAUUUAAAGUAAUCAUUUAUUUCUUUAGAUUCUCAGAUGCAUCACAUACGAUGCCAAUGGGUACUGCUGGUACCAGUUCGUCCAUGUUUCCUCCACAAAUCCCUAAUGUCAUUCAAAACUUCCAAACCCACCCUGCUGCCUUCCCGGCUUCUGGAGAUGGUGCUACACCCACCGACAAGCCGAGACAAGCUCCAAGCGACUCUUCGUCUGGUUCGUGUAAGUACUAUAACAUGUUUUUUAAGUUUGAUUACCUUUUGCUAAAAAAAUUUUUGUUUCAUUUUACUUUAUCUUAUUUUUAAUAUGCAUAAUUAUUGUGUGAACAAAAGUUUUCAAUUUUAGCGUCGCUACCAGGCUGUGAAGCCUUUACCUCAACAUCUACCAACUUCCCAAGUGGUACCCUCACAGCGCCACAAAUGUCAUCUCCAUAUGUGGCCAACCCCAAUAUGCCACAAAAGAACGACGGUAAGCCUGGAAUGUUCCCAAACUGGUCCAAACCACCAAUGAAUCCAGCGUAUUUGCAACCCCGCCACGCCGCCAAUCCGUAAGUAUUACUGUAACAUUAAAGGAGUUUAGCAGCUAGUACCUAAAAAGUUACAAUUUCUAGCACAACUGCAACUUUCUCAGUUUUAUAUGUAUUUUCCUUAUUUAGUCCUUCAGAACUAAUAAAGGCAAACGUAAAGACCACUAGUGAGUAGAACUCAGGUUUAUGUAAGAAAUUCAAAUUUCAAGCAAAAUCUUAUAGUACGUAGUACCAUAUAACACUAACUUAUACAAAUUCAGGUUCUGUGUAAAUAUGCCACCAUACCCAAACGGCUUCAUGGUACCACCAUUCCAACCAGUGCGACCUCAACCGACUUCAGAUGUCGAGAUGAUCUGCGAAUGGGUAGAUGGAACGAGUCAGAUUCUGUGUGGGAAGGUCUUUAGAGGUCAACAGGACCUUGUUGAACAUCUAAAUGAACAUCUCCACAACCAAGAACAGUACUGGUGCCGAUGGAAGGGCUGUGACCGCGACAGAGCCUUCUCCGCUCACUAUAUGUUGGUGUUGCACAUGAGGAAACACACUGGGGAGAAGCCCAAUCAGUGCAAGGUAUAUUGUCAUUUUACAAUUAGAAAUUGUUUUAAAAUUUGUUUAUUGGUAUUUUUAACACUGUAACCUCGUGUUUUAGUUCUGCGACAAAGCGUACUCUCGGCUGGAGAACCUAAAGACACAUCUGAGGACUCACACUGGGGAACGGCCUUACAAAUGUGAAUUCGAAGGAUGUACCAAAGCUUUCAGUAACGCUUCUGAUCGUGCUAAACAUCUGAAUCGUACACACUCGAACAAGGUAAGGUCUUUUAGAGAUAUUCCUUAUUCCAGAUGUAGUAAUGUAGCUAACAAGGCAAUACCUAAUGUUUUAUAACACUUUUAACCAAAUACUAAUUUAAUUCAAUUGUAAACGUCGAGAGCACAAAGUCUGCACUUACUGACCUAAAUUGUAUCUCCUAAAGGUUAACACCUUUAAUUACAUUGUAGUAAACAGUUUAAUUUAUUGUUCUAGAAGCCGUAUGCUUGUCCUGUAGAAAACUGCUUCAAAAGCUACACAGACCCCAGCUCUCUUCGGAAGCACAUUAAGACCGUGCACGGUGAAGAAGCCUACGAAGUGGCCAAGAAGAACAAGCAACAGAACGGUCGAGGAGGAAACUACGGAUUCAUCGCCCAAAGCGAGCUUCCAUUCAAACUGAAGGAAGAUGGAGGAAGUGUGUCGCCUCCCAACAUCAGCAACAACAGUGCUGAGUACAAUAAUGUCAAGGUCGAAGGUAAGCCACAGAGUAUUUCGUUUUUAUUGUUGUCAAUGUUAUCUAGAUAGCAAUGGUAAUGUUAUAGUGUUUUCAAAGAUUGCCACAAUAUCCAUAAAAUGUUGUUUCGAGAAAUACUCUCAACCUACAAUAACAAAAUCGUAUCUUUCAGACUCCAAAGACUACGUCCAAAUCAUCAAACAGUUCCAUGCCAGAUCCUCUCGCAACAUAUCCCACCCUUAUCAACCGCCAAUAUCAAAUGUGCCAACCUACUACAACAACGCUGUCACUGCCGACUACAGUAAUCUCGACAACGGUGUAAUAUGUUUGAAAGCGACAACUUCGACGGUCAGCAGAUACCCAGGACUGGACGACCCUGAACUGGAAGAGUUCACCAACUCAAUCCUCAAUCUGAACAUUGGAAAGAAUGAGAACAGAAGGCUGAGCAACAUCAGCGACGACCUCAGAAGACGCGAUACAUCUGUGUCUAAGCAGCACUGUAAGUAUACUAAUCAGAACUCAAUUAUCUUCAACUUUACACGAUUUAAACAAUUGUCAUGACAGAUUACAAUACAUAUUCUUUUGUAUCAUUAAUGUUACUGUAAUAUAUGCUUUCACAUUGUGUCAUCAUAAUCACAUUAUAAAAACUUAUACUAAUAGCAGUAUUGUUAUAGGUAUCAUAGGUGUAAUCGCCGAAGAAGAGGAUGACUUGUACGAUAAUCGCCCCUCUAAUCCCACUCCAGAAUCCGCAUCCACUUCAGAUGACAGUAUCGACGAUACCCUCAGGGCAUUCAUACACAAACAGAACAAGUAUUUAUAG